UGUUUAGUUAUUUAUUCCCGACUGAAUUGAACAGAAACGGUGGAACUACGGUUUCUGUAGAACUUGUGGGAGCAUCUCAAUUCUUUUGUGUUUGUUUUCAAUUCAUUACACACCGCCCACCGCCGCCGUUGGGGUCUCUGAACGACCGAUUCCAUAAUAUUGCAGCGGCUGCGGACACUGGGGACAUGGACGAUUGGAGGAAGUUUAAGAAGGCGGGGUUGUUGGACGCGGCUGCAAUGGAGCGCAAGGAUUGGGAGGCGCUUCUUCAGAAUGCUUCAAGGCUUCAGAGCGAGCUUUUUGAUUACCAGCACAAUAUGGGACUUGUUUUGCUAGAGAAGGAAGCAUGUGCUUCAAAGUGUGACCAACUAGAACAAAAAUUAGCAGAAACAGUGGAAAUCUUCAAACGUGAACGAUCAGCACAUUUCAUUGCAUUAUCUGAAGUUGAAACGAGGAGGGAUAAUUUGAAGAAAGCUCUAGCUGCUGAGAAGCAACAUGUGUCUAGUCUUAAAAAGGCUUUAUGUGAAGCAAAGGAGGAACGUGCAGAAAUCGAACUUACUUCUCAGAAAAAGUUGGCUGAUGCAAAUGCUUUGAUAUAUGAAAUUGAGGAGAAAUCUUUGGAGUUGGAGAAAAAAUUGUAUGCUGCCGAAGCGAAGCUUGCUGAGGUAAACAGGAAGAGUUCAGAGUUGGAAAUGAGGAUGCAUAAAGUCGAAAGCAGACCGAGCAACUAUCCUUUGUCAUAAGGGGUUUGAGCUCAGGGGGAGGAAGGGAAAGUUUGAAGGUGAAGAAAGGCGAGAUAUGGUCUCAUAUA